AUGGAGGCGGCGGGCACCUGCGAGAUCGCGCGCCUGCCGGUGGAGCUCCUCGCGGCGGCGCUUGCCCUCACCACGCCGCGGGACGCCUGCCGCGCCGCCGCCGUCUCCCGCGACUUCCUCGCCGCAGCCGACUCUGACGCCGUCUGGUCCCGCUUCCAGCCCCGCCAUCUCCCGCCGCUCGCCGAUGGGGAGCUCUCCGGCCCCGCGCCGCCGUCCGAGAAAGGGCAAUUCCGCGAUCGUCGCAUUCUGCUCGCCGAUGGCCUCAUGAGCAUGUGGUUGGACAGGGAGACCGGCGCCAAGUGCUACAUGCUGUCGGCGAGGGCGCUGCACAUCUCGUUUGGAGGCACGCCGGAGUACUGGCGCUGGACCCGUCUCCCCGAAUCUAGGUUGAGGUUCACCGAAAUUGCUAAACUUCGGAAUGUUUGGUGGCUCGAAAUACGGGGCAGGAUACACAGCAAAAUGCUCUCUCAAGACUCUACUUAUGCAGCUUACAUUGUGUUUAAAACUUAUCGAGAUGGUGGGUUGGAUUAUCCACCCCAGGAGGCAUCAAUGACCACUGCAGGAGGCAAAUCAACUCGCAAAGUCUGUCUCCAAAGGCGUGGUAACGAGCAAGAGGAUGGUAGAGCCUCUUAGCCCCGAUACGAUAGGAGCCACCGGCAUGGGAACCUGGCAUCCUUCCCUAACAAAAGGACCGACGAUGGGUGGAUGGAGAUGGAGAUGGGCCAGUUCUACAACAAGGA